CUUGGACACCCGCAUAUCGUCUCAGUUAAGGCUAUCAUAACAAAAGGAACAAGGCGGUACUUCUUGUUUCAAUGGGCUGAUGGAGGGAGCCUUCGAGAUCUGUACCAGGAUGAAGAGCGACCUUCACUAUCGUCCAACCUCAUCAAAGAGGUAGUGCAUCAGCUGAGUGGCCUAGCAGACGCUCUGCACAAACUCCACAACUAUCAGAAGACAGAAUCCUAUCGACACGGCGACUUGAAACCGGAGAACAUUCUCAUGUUCAAGGACAACACCCAUGUGGGCGUCUGGAAGAUCGCUGACAUGGGGCUGGCAAAACGCCAUAUUUCUGCAACAGCACAGCGAGGACCGACAAGCACACGAGACGCGACACCAUCAUAUGAGCCUCCUGAGGUCAAGACCAGGCCAAACGCCGCCUGGUCUCGGCUUUAUGACAUAUGGUCUAUGGGAUGCGUUACUCUGGAGAUAAUCGUUUGGUUACUCUACGGACACGGCAAACUUGAAGAGUUGAACAAGGGUAUCGUUAGCUCUGACGGCCAUCCAGGACCGUAUUGGUUGUAUGAUCAGCCGACCAAGACAGCCAGAGUUCACCCAACAGUCAUUGCAUACAUGGAACACAUCAAAACAGACCCGGAAGGACGAGCCUCAACAGCCAUUAGAGACCUGCUUCGUAUCGUAGAAGACAAGCUCCUCGUUGUGCCGCUUUCACCGCGCAGCGAAACAUUUCGGUUGGCCCCUGAAUCUACAACGGACAUCGAUGACCCCCAAUACACAGGCGCGCAACACCCUCAUAUUGUCGUGACUGAUGACUCGCAAUCUCGGAACCCAGUACAGCCUCCACCACCUGAACCGAUUUUCGGACCAUCAAAGUUCCGGGCCACAGCUGAGGAUUUUUGCAACGCGCUCCGAGCAAUUGAGGAAGAGGGUGAGAAAGAUGACGCUUACUGGUUCACAGGCACGAAGAGAGAUGGGCUCUCCAGCCCUUCAUUGACACAACACGGGCCGCAACAAUUAUUAUCGGCUCCCGCAAUAGAGCAGAAAGUAAGUGGCUCUGAUCGUCACCGACGUAAACUUCAUGAAGAAACUAACACGCUGUUAGAAAAUGGUGCGUGUCUAAUCAAAUUAGGCCAGCUGCCUGCUUGGGGUUAA